UUUUCUCGUUCAAAAAACCAAGGCGAUCAACGUUGUCCAAAAAACCAAAAGAAGAAGAAGAAUCGUAGUUAUGUCUUCGUUUGAUCUUUAUUUUAUUGCGGAUAACUCUCUCUUGUUGCGGAAUUGCGGAUAAUAAUUUGUACGCAAUGCAUACAUGGUAACGAAAGAACCAAUAGCCACAGAGAGCCGCACAGAGCAGGAUGAAUUCAACGACGACAGUGUUGUCGGCCAAACCCUCCUUCCCGCUGAAACCAAACCCAAAUCCACUCAUCAACCUCAACUGGUUGUCCUUGGAAAAGAUUCAUUCUUGUCUCCGGUUGGGACCACGCAUGAGUCUUGCCGGCAUCGCAUUCUGUCAAGCACCGUCGGACGUUGCUGCCCAUAUAAUGGUGCAGGAUGAUCUCGACGCUUUCUUGCAGGUGCUCCCGUACUCAAAUGGCUUCCUUUCUUUUCUUCAUUCUUUCUCCUCCUCCUUUCUUGAUUGAUAUGUUCACACGCAUAUAGGCAAACGGUUGGUUUGCAAUUAGCAUUUGAUGGCUUCAGUCAAAUACUUAUCUUUUUUCUAUUUGUUUCAUUUUGUUACUUAUUCUUAUAUUUAUUGCAUUGGCUAUGAACAUGCUUGACCCCAUUUUCAUCUUUAUUCUUCCUACUUGUUACAUUUUUUCUGGCAUGGUUUCUGAACAUCGAAUGGGGAUAGAAAAAGAUCAGCUUUGAGAAAAGCCUUCAAGCCAAGUGAAAAUGUAGGAAACUUAAGAAGGGCUGUAUUCGUUUUAUAUGCAAACACGGUCUCUUUUUUCAGGCAACAUGCAUUUGUUGUCGUUUGCACAGAUUCUUCCAUGUGAUUUGCGUGACAAUCUUCUUAAUGAACCUAGGAGAGGUCAACUUUUAGAGGUUAUAUUGGAUCUGGGUCGUUUUCCAGAAGCACGCUAUCUAGGUGAAUUUGGGGGCUGCUAUCUGAGGAAUACAAAGGUGUCGGUGAAAGAGUUGGAGCAUGCUCAAAAUUCUGUUGGAUCAUUUGGGGGUGAUAAUAGAGCUGGCAUUGAAGGCACCCUGCACAGGAUAUCUGCAAUCAGGAGUAGGAAAGGGGCAAUAGUUGGUUUGACUUGCCGAGUUGGUAGGGCAGUCAGUGGACAGGUUGACAUGGUUUCUGAUCUGCUUCAGUAUGGGAAGAGCAUCUUGUUUGUUGGAAAGCCUGGGGUUGGCAAAACAACGGUUAUGCGAGAGAUUGCCCGUGUCUUGGCAGAUGAAUUUCACAAAAGAGUGGUGAUUGUUGAUACAAGCAAUGAAAUCGGAGGGGAUGGAAACAUUCCACAUUCAGCAAUUGGAGGUGCAAGAAGAAUGCAGGUACCAGAACCAUCCAUGCAACAUAGAGUCAUGAUCGAGGCAGUAGAGAAUCACAUGCCUGAGGUGAUCAUAGUUGAUGAGAUUGGCACAGAAGCUGAAACUCAUGCUUGUCGCUCAAUUGCCAAGAGAGGUGUCAUGCUUAUUGGUACUGCUCACGGAGAGCGGCUUCAGAAUAUAAUAAAGAACCCGACUCUCUCUGACUUGGUUGGGGGAGUGGAGACUGUCACUUUGGGAGAUGGUGAAGCCCGUGCUAGAAGUUGUCAGAAAACUGUUCUAGAAAGGCAAGCUUCUCCAACAUUUGAUUUCUUGAUUGAGAUGAGAGACAGGCACUAUUGGGUUACACACCAGACAGAGAAGAGUGUGGACAUGUUGCUUCGAGGCAAAAACCCUCAGGUUGAGGUAAGGAGGAGGGAUAAAAUGUUCAAGGUUGUCAUAGAAAAAUCAAAGGCCUAUGACAAAUGCGACUCUUGAUUUUUGUUUUGGUAGCAUUUUCAUAAAGAUUGGCACUCUUUCACGAUAAAAGAAAUUAAGAUCAACGCCCCUUGUUUUCACAACAUUGCUGUAAAUAGAUCGUAGGAUUGUAUAGUUGAAGAUCAAUUCCAAAUUUUUUUCCUCUCA